AUGAAUUAAGGUAAUAGAAAUUGCGAAGAUUUAUGUAUUACUUGCAAAACCGACAUAUUUUCAUAUAUAGUCAAAACCUUAAAAUCAAAGCUAGUUCUAUUUAUAUGUGAGAAAUGUUAUAAAAACUCAAAUAAUAAAGAUGAUUAUAUCUCUUUGAAUGAAUUUAAGGAAUAUCAAAUGUAAUUAUUAAAAAAAGCUCAGCCUUAUCUAUUUGAAAUUCUAACAAUUAUAUCUGAUAAUGACUAUUAAUACAUUUUAACAGAAGAGUAAAUAUAAUAAUUAAUGGAAAAUAAAAAUAAAGUUGAAGAAAUAAUAAAUAUAUUAACUGAUGUUGAAGAAGGAAUUUUAGAAUAAAUUAAUUAAUUAUUAUAUCAAAUCAAUUCUUAUUUAUAAGAAAAAUAAUUAUUUGAAGAUAUUUUAAUUUCUCUUAAAUUUGGAUUGUAAAUGAAACAUUUAGAUGGAGUAGAUAAAUAUUAAUUUCAAAAAUAGUAGAUGCAAUUUUUUGAAAAGUUCCGAGAUUAUCAUUAAAUAAGAACUUCUCAUCAAAUGUAAAAUUAAUCAAUCAAAGAAAUAUAUUAAAGAAUAUAAGCUAAAGAUGAUUUUCCUCUUUUUUUAUAGAUAGUUGGUAAAAAUUUUUAACAAGUUACACAUCCUAAUGAAGAGUAUUAUGGGUUUUAUGAUGAUAAUUCAAUGAAAACUGGAAUUGGCUUUUGGUCUCCAAAAUAACAAUCAUAAUAGUAUUUUGGAAUUUUUUACUAAAAUGUUUUGCUUUGGGGAAUUAAAAUUUUGAAUGAAUCUCCUACUUAAUACACAUUAUAUGAAGGGUUUUUUUCUUCUAUAAAAGGAGAAUAAGGUUCAAAUAUAUAAAUUAAUUGUGCUGGAGAAAUGUUUUCAAAAGAUGAGAAUGAAUAAUUUCAUCACUAUUAAGGGAAUUUCUUAAAUGAAAAGAGGCAUGGCAAAGGCACAUAUAUUUGGAAAGCUAAUGAACAAAAUGAGAUAGCUAGAUAUUCAGGAUUUUGGCAAAAUAAUUAAUAUCAUGGUUACGGAACUCUAACUCUAAAAGAAGAAAACAUUAUCAUAGAAGGAGAAUUUAGUUUUGGAUAGCCUGUUUUUUAAAAAUGUUAAAUUAAAGGUCCAAACUUACCUUAAUAAACAUUAAAAGAUUAUGUUAUGAAAGAGUAAACAAAGAAAUCUGAAGAAAAUAUAAUUCCUAAACAAUAAUUUAAUGUUAAUCAAUUCUUCUAACCAACAUAAAAUCUCUAAUAAUUUUAGAAAAAAUUUAAUGAACCUUUCAAUUCCAAUGGCUUUCCUUUCAAUCCCAAUAAUUAAGCCCAAUAUUCACGAGAUUUCUAAAAUAAUUAAAAUGCCUUUAAUUAGAACAAUUAUUUUAAAAAAUGA